AUGAAGGCGAUAUUAGGCCUUGUAGCAGCGGCCACCGCAGCACAAGCGGCACGCUUUGUGAACGCCAGCAUCGACGAUACGUCUCCUCAAAUCGUCUACACCCAGCAACCGUUCAUUCGUUGCACUCCAUCGACCUGUGGCUCAGACUCGACCGCGAGGCUAUUCAACGGUACAUCGACUACUACCUCUGGGAUGAUUAUAAUCCCUUUCGUUGGCAACGCGGUCUAUGUUUAUCUCGGGGUCGAGGGGACGAUCAAUUUCAAUCUUGACGGUGUUCUUCAUGGUGUUCUCACCGGAUCCGACUCCAAUGAUGUCAGUCUGGCAUUCUACGAACCCGGACUGACGAACAGCAAGCAUGUCCUCACCAUCUACCCCUCAACUUCAGCGGGCUCUGAGAUUGUGCAGUUUGACUACAUUCUCUAUGCACACCAAUUGCCCAGCAAGCAUAUCGGUGCCAUCGUUGGAGGUGUGGUUGGCGGUCUCGCUUUCAUGGCGAUACUUGGCAAGACAGCACUGUGGCUGAUGCGGCGGAGAAGACAACGGCGACUUUCGAUUCGUGGAGUCAGACUGGGAGAUGAUUGGCCUGACAAACCCAGCCUCCAACUGGAUGGUGUGCUGCCCCAGAAACCCAAGCAAGCGAUGUGA